AUGAGCAAUUCUCCGCCUAGAAAAAAAAGAAAUCGAAGUGGCCCGUCCCCUGUAUUCGAGGGAGAUCCUCCAGAGUUAACGUUUGGUCCUGUGGAUAAACCGGACCUCAUGUUGGAAAAGUCAAACGCUCAGAAUAAGAUUAAAAGAACUAAGCGCUCAAGACGCCCGUCUCGAAAAAGACGAAAAUCAAAAUCAAGAACAAUCAGGGGAAGCAGGAAGAGGCCAUCCAGUUUAAAAAAGAGAGGAAGAUCCAAAGGGAAGAGCAAGAGACGAAGAUCUAGUCGAAGACGUAAUGGAAGCAAAAAGAAAGUCGGGCGCCGAUAA